CAGGUGGUCGACUGAUUGGGAGAGCGGGCUGCUGGGGUGACUCCGGCGAUGGCAAUUUUUUCUUCUUCCGUCAACUAUAGUUUAAUAGCAUGGUCCAACAAAAUAUUGGGACCGGCUUUGGUAGCGUUAUACAAUCCUCUUCAGCCCGCGAUGUCUGCCUUUCUGUCAACAAUGUUUCUCGGAAGCUCCAUCUACCUUGGAAGGUGAAGAUAAUGGAUGAAAACUCAGACUCAAAUAUUACGACGACAGCCAAAGAUGAAGGGUGCAGAAAUGUGCAGGAUCUUCUACUGCCAAUUGCAAAUAUAGGAAGAAUUAUGAAGCAAGCUCUACCAACCAAAGCUAAGAUUUCAAAAGACGCAAAGCAAACUAUGCAAGAGUGUGCAUCGGAAUUCAUAGCCUUUAUAACUGGGGAAGCUUCUGAUAAGUGUCGCAAGGAAAAUAGACAAACUUUAAGUGGAGAAGAUAUAUGUCAUGCCAUGAAAUUACUUGGGUUAGAUAAAUAUGCUUGUUCUGCUAAAAGUUACCUUCAAAAGUAUAGAGAGCAUUGUGAGAAAUCAGAAGCCAUUAAAAAUACUGAGCCCAUGGAAACUGAUAUGACAGAUAUGUUACAAAUAUAUUGCAAAAGCAACCAGCACAGCUAGAGAUUGUAUAUACAGUCAUUCCUAUACGUUGCAAUUAAAGAAAAUCAAAUAGCUUUUAGGGAAAAAUAAUGGGAGAGCUUAUAGCUAGUAUGGCCUUUCUAAAGU